CCAAAAAGGAAAUGGUGCUUUUUGUCUUUCGCUCUCAUUCUUCCCGUGAUUCUGAGGGUCUUUUGUCUUUCGCCCUUUCUGAAACUGGCUUCCCCAAGAACAUCUCGCAUGGUGAUAAUGUCUCGCCAAACAAAAAAACGCACCAUCUUAGCGAAAGUCGAACAAGAAGAAAGAACAAAAAAGCUGUAGCGAGCACCGGGCGCUAGAACUUUUUGUGUUUCACUCAAUUAUUUUUGACACGGCUUGCUCGUUCUAAUAUGGAUGUAUCCUCCGUCUGGGACUAUAUAACCCCUACUCAAAAGAUGGAGUGGAGUCACCGACAUUUCGCUCAAGAUAUCCUUGACAAUGCCAGCUUACUACUCCCAGCCUGCUGCCGCUAACUAUUCCACACCACCGGCACACUCCCAAAAACAGAGAGGUUAUCGCAUCUGUGACCAGUGCGGCCAGGUCGAAACUCCAGUUGCGAGGUUCCGUUUAUGUGGUGGAUGCAUGGUCACCCAAUACUGCUCACAGGAAUGUCAAAAAAUCCAUUGGCCCCACCAUAAGACCAUCUGCCAGCAUACAACAUCACAGAUCGCUUCUAUCAAACAACAAGCAGUCGGCGGUUUUUCCAAUGACGAAAACAUUGCCAAAAAUCUACGGAAGUUCUGCUCCGCUCACACCUCUCUUCUUUGCUGGGUUGGGUUUCAAGCCCUGCAGCUGAAACGCGUUCCUUCGAACAUCCGCCAACACGUCUUGAUCAUCGAUCUCGCCCCUCACAGUCAUCCUGAAGGCCAUCGACGGUUCUCGGUUGUCUCUACACGGAUCGUCAAACGAAGCUAUAUCGGUGACCCUCUUGUCCUUGCAGACAUUCAACGACGAGAUGACCGCUGUCGGCAUAACGGAGGUAUCGGCGCGCUUGUUGUCCUUGUUCAAUGCGCAGGGAUAUCUCAGGUCAUGCCUAUCGAGGUCGACCCUCCAUCGAAAAUUGCAUGGGACACCCGUGAGGAUUGGGCUUCUGUUCUCCAUCAUUUUGUAGAGUCUGGUCGGACAGAUUUCCAACCUAUAUCAACGACGGCGAGAGGUGUCUACUACGGAUGAACAUUCCGAACGCUCGACCUACCCAAUUGUACAUGUGUUAGUUUUUAUACAUUCUUUAUGUUCUCCUUGUAGCAUUCUCCUGCUUCUUUCUGUAUUUUUUGCACUGCCUAUGCAUGUCAUCAUUUCGUACGUUACAUACUAUUCUAUUGCUACUCAUAUUAUAAAGUUUUUUUUCGUUUCUUAACGUCUGCCUGGCACAGAUGCUUAUCUCUUGCUUACUUCGACUUGAUACCCGCUCAUCUCUUGUUUUCGUUAUACUGUACUAUUGCUUACUGCUAUCAUGUUUCAUUAGCUCUCAUAAAUAGGAUGGUGCCAGUUCUACGCUAGUUUCUGAAGAGUCUAUGAAAAAAUUGUUGUGUGUGACACUCACUCUGCU